AAUAUUAUGUAUAAAAACAUUCAAUGAAGCUCGAUUUUAAUUUGAUAUAUUCUUCUAUAUUAUUUAUAAAAAGGUUUUUAUUUAUGCUAAUAUUUAUUUAUUAUGUACAAUAAUUAAUUAAAUAAAUAUAAAUAAUGCAAAUAGUUAAAGGAAGAAAAAGAGGUAAAAAUUUGUACACGUCACAUGCGGGUUCAUUUCCCCUUCCAUGGAAAAUGCGGGAGGAGGAGACACUUGUAAUAAAAAAAAAAAAAAAAAUAUUACUGUCUCGUCUAACAAAUGGUAGGGAAUAAAAGAUAUAUAUUCUUGAAUGACAGGUGUUUUCCAGGAUAAACAAAAAAUAUAUAAUUAAUCAUCGUGAGUGAAUGUAUAAGGAGUUGUCUUCAAAAAAUAGUGUUUGUGAUAUAAGAUUUAUAAUAUAUAAAUUAUAAUAGAUUGAAAAAGUAUCACACCUCGCCCAUAAAAACCACUUCAUGUUGUGACACGCGCGAGAGGUUUUUUUUUUAUCAUCGUAUUAAUCAGACGAUGUCCAAAUUGACAAGGAGUGAUGCACUAGAAGAAAUUUCUAAUUGGAGUAAGGAUGAUGUCGAAAAUUUACUUCGAAAAAAUGGUUUGGAAGAAGAAUGUUGCAAAGCUAUUGAUAAAAGAAAUAUUGGAGGAGAUGAACUUUUACACUUAACGGAGGGGAAGCUUGCACUAUGGAAAAGCGACCUGACUCGACCACUUAUAUGGAGCCUUUGGUCAUUUGUUGAGGAAUUGAGAAAAAAUCCCAUAAAAUAUGUUGAGGAGAAGAGAGAAGAAAAGACUGAGGAAGAAGAAGAUGCGAGUGAUACAGAUUCCUGGGCAACGGAUUUUGAUGAUGAAAUAGAAGAAAGUGUGGAUGAUAAUGUGGAGACAAAAAACGUGGAAAUGAGAGCUGUCGUUGUUCCAAGAAAUCUUGUAUUUCGUAAUAGUUUGAAAGUUUUUCAAGAUAAUGACCAAGCAGCGAAAUAUGAAAUUAAAGCAACUAAUGUGAACAACAGGCUGAACAAUAACAAAACAGUAGAGGACAACACCUACGCCAAUUAUGACAUAGGUACGGAUACAGAAACGACUUACGCUAAUUGUGAAGCUUCGGCAGAAAUUGAAGUGACAAAAUUACAAAAAAACGAGUCUAAACUUCAUUCAAUUAGUAAAUUGAGUUUAGCUCAACAAUUAAAGGAGCAGUUAAUGUUGAGGGACGUGCAAAAACCAACACUUUCAGUGAAACCAAAAGUAAAUAUUUCAAUUCGUGAAAAUUCAAAAAAAAGACAACCACAGACCUCUUUUCUUCAUACAACGAAAACACAACAAAAAACAAGUGAUGAAAAAGAAUCACAAAAGAGAUUGUCAGUGUCGUCAUUGCCAGAAUCGCUAAACGGAUCGGGAAAUUCUACAAUUAGUGAUAUUAGUGUAAAUAAAAAUUUACCAAAACCACCUGGUUUAAUAAGAAGUUUUGAUCUUGUUGCAAAUUUGCCAACGCGUACAGAAGAAAGUGAAGAUGAAUAUGAACCAUUUGAUGAGGAAAUUAUUGAACAACAUCAAAGACGAGAAUCAAUGGCGAGAGUCGACAGUAAACAAUCAUUAACAAGCGGACAUCAAAGUUCAAUUGAGAGCGUUUAUCAACCACCAAGUAUCACAAGUCAUGAAGAGGAAAAGGAAUAUGAAAUUUAUGAAUACAUCACAGAAUCGCCGGAAGAAACUAAAACAGAUUCAGUUUCAACGAAAAAAUCGAAAACUUCAGAAAAUCCACCGCCACUGCCUGUUAAACCACCUAAUACAAAACCUGAUAAAUUAGGUGUACAUAAAAAGGAUGCAAACUUAGGUCAUUUUACGGAAAUAGAGUACAAACCUGUUUCGUUUAAAUAUUAUGGAGCAGUACCUGAUUUCCAAGAUUCAAAAACAUUUUUCCUCGAGCGAUCUCCAGAUAAAAAAUUCGCCACUUUACCACAUUCUGGUAGUAAUUCUUCGUUGUCAUUGUCAGAAAGAGCAACACGACCAUUACCUCCUCCUCCUGAUAGACAAUCAUACACGGAUAAAAUUUGGUUUCAUAAUGUCACAAGAGAACAAGCCAUGAUAUUAAUUAGAGAGCAAAGUACUUAUGGUAAUAAUCCUCAGGAUGGAUAUUUCCUGGUGAGACCGUCCAUAUCAAAUCCAAAUAAUCCAUUAACUUUGGUUCUUUGGUAUAAAGAUAGAGUCUAUAAUGUUCCAAUUCGCAAGAGAAUCGACAAUAGAUUUGCAUUGGGAUCUGAAAAAGUAAACGAACAAUCUUUUGCGAGUGUAGAAGAAAUUGUGCCUUUUUAUUCGAGAGAAGAAUUAUUUCUCUAUACAGGUGGAAUGCAAAUGGGUAGCACAAAAUUAUCAGACACGCCAUUGAAAUAAAUUAGUUUUUUUUUUUAGACAAUAUUAAAUG